AUGGGGGGGGGGGGGGGGGGGGGGGGGGGGGGGGGGGGGGGGGGGGGGGGGGGGGGGGGGGGGGGGGGGGGGGGGUGGGGAAAACAUAUAAAUAUUGUGGGGGGGUGGGGGGGGGUGGGGGGUUGUGAUUAUUUUGGGGGUUUUGGGGGGGGGGUGUUUUUGUUUUUUUUGGGGGGGGGGGGGGGGGUGGGGGUGGAGGGGGGGGUUAGGGGGGGGGGUGGGAUGGGAAAAAAUGGGGGGGGGAAUGGGGUUGGGAUAGAAGGAGGAAUGAGUUGA